AUGCGCAUUAACCGCACGAACGCCCAGUUCCGUGACCGGGACAGACAGGGUUUGGGAGGAAAGGGAAACAUAGAGGAGCAAGCGUGCGCGCAGAUGUGGAGAGAACUUGUCGCGAACUGGAAACGGCGGACGGAAAUAGUGGAAUAUUGCGUUGGUGUCGUGGACCAAUCAAUGGACGAGAAGCGCAAGCAAUUGCAACAAGAAGCAGGCGAUCCGGCGACGCAGCGCCGGAUACAGGGUACACUAUUUGCAGAAGAGGUCAAGCGAAAUCAGGUUCACAACGAGCUGACAGUAGAGCGCAUUGUGCGCCGCAGAUCAUUAGAGGCCUUCCAAUCUCGGUGCAAAUACUUCGAGCCCCCAUUGACGGACGCAGACGCGCGUCGCUGGUGGGAUGCGGCGCAGGCCGGCCAAUAA